CAAACCUUUACAUAAAAUUAAUUAUUAAGUAUGCCGUAAUCACCCUCGCGUGUAUUUUUAUCUACAUUGGCAAUCUAUUAUAUGCAAGGCAUCGUACACUUGACUAAAAUUCCUCCUUAAUUUGGUCGGACUAUACAAGUCGAUGGAAAUAAAACAUCACGCUGUAUAUAGAAGUGAUUGCAAGUUGCCCGCGGACAGCGCGGCGGCGCAAGUACGCUUCAGUCGCACGACGACUGUCGAGGCGGCAGGUUGGCAAUUACUCCGUCCAUUGGUGAAAACCGUAUGACAAUCGGAACGGUAGUGUUUGAGUUUAACGCAUUCAGGCAGACUAUGGCGGCGGGUGGUUUUGUUCUAUAACAUAUAAGGAUUAUAGAUAACCGAUACAUAUAUCAAUUACUACCAAUCAAACAAAAACCUUAUAGCAUCCACGUUAAUUAUAAUCGAACAAAAUGAAACUCUGUGUCCGUCUCCCAUUCAUUCUAUAUUAAAAUUCCAGGAAUUAACAGCACAUUUCUGACAAGCAUCUAACGCAGUAAGGAGUGGUCACUUGUAUUGCUAUGCACGGUGGCCGUUAAAGAGUAAAUCACUGAUAGAGGAACAUCAUCUGAUAGCGCGUGUCAACUGUUUUCGUCGUACGUGUUCCGUUUAUUGUAAUAAUACUAAGCAGUUAGGGUUAUAACUAAUCUAUAUUGCUUUUAGAUUGAUAAUGCUAUUUAAUGUUUAUUUAGACUUGAUGGCGUCUUGAAACUCAAUUUAAAUAUAAAAACAGAUACAUCAACAUUAUCAUGCUAAUGCAGUUAUAGGAAUAACUUUCUAUUAAACAAAAUCUAAGGGGAAUAGUGUAUAAUCCUUAAAUUUUGUAGGCAAAUUUUUAUUACGGUCUGCCGAAAUAACAUGAUGAAAAAGUUUUCAAACGAAAUUAUUUUUCUGAACUGCUGUUUCGAAAAAAAUAAUGUAAUAAUCCAUAUCAAAUACACUAUAUUAUCUUCAUCCAAUUCGUUAAUAGAAAAUGGAAUCCCAUGAUAAUAAUUAAUAAUUUACCGGGUGUGCAAUGUAAGGAAGGUUUUGAUUAUUAUUCGUCAUUUAUUGACAUUUUCGGGACGUCAUACUAAAGAGCAAGCAAACGAGUUUUAUACACACCAUACAUUAACUGACAAUGACUGCACAAACCGACGCCUGUUUUUAACCCUCUAUCUAUCAAAACAAACAUGCACGAACACCAUUCAACUCACAGAUAUUAGAAAAAAAAAGUCAUUCUUUGCGGUUCAGCCCUACCAAACGUUUGGCACGCAAGAUGACACCGCGCCAUCGUCCCUCGGUGCAUUAAGCUGUCCAGUCCGAGGCACAGUCGAGAAAGUCCGUGAAUAAUCGGGAUGGUAUUUCCUUUCCACGGGCGGGAGCGGACGAGCACUUGGCUAUGUCUACCGCACCCAGCGGCGAGGACUUAGUGUAACGCGUGGGGGACAAAAUGUUAAAGAAAAAUUGUCUUAAUAUACGUCCGGAGUCAGGAUUCUUGUUUGAAUAGCAGUAGGAUCUCCCCUUAUUACAAUUGUAAAAAAAGUUGUCUAAAUGUAAGCCCGGAGUCUGGAAUUGUGUUCGAAUUGCAAUAGGCUCCCUCAUGUUACAUAGCAUCUGAUACUGGUGGCUAAAAUAGGUGUGUUAUGACUUUUACCCUUGAAAGGGAAAUGCUGUUUAUGUAGUCUUUAAUGAUUUCAAAAAUGUAUUAGUUACGCUCAAAAAUUUAUUGACCCAUCAUCAACCAAUCAAAUUUUAGUCAUAAGGUUUUAGAAACAAGUCGUUGACCUGAUAUUUCAACUGAUUAUCGUGUUAUGUUAUCUCAUUUCCAUUUCAAAUAUAAUAGUUUACAAGUUUUUUAGGCGUGGGAAUUAUGACAAUUUGCUAAUCGGUAACGUUUUAGAAAUAAUCUUGCAAAUCACGUUACGUACUGUUGCAUUUUAUUUCAUAAUACUUAAGAUGUAAACAUCGUGUAUAAUUGCUAAUUCAUCGGUGUAAUACUUACAAAAUUUUUGUUACAACAAUAGAGAAAUAUCAAUAUUGCUGAUCGUAUUAUCAGAUCUAUAAUAUUUUUACUAUCUCUAUUUGUAACUAAAUUAAUUUCACGCUUAAUUUAAAAUUUAUCUGCUUAUAUCCAAAAUGUGUAUGCCAAGAGUAAUACUUACAACAUUUUAGUUACAAAAAUAUAUAAAUAUCAAUAUUGCGAAUCGUAUUAUCAGAUCUACAAUAUAUUUAACCGUUUCUAUUUGUAAUUCAAUUAAUUUUACGCUUAAUUUCAAACUUAUUUCAAAACGUAUAUGCCGGGUGUAAUACUUACAAAAUUUUUGUUACAAAAAUAAAUAAACAUUAACAUUAUGAAAUUUACAAUAUUUUUAAACAUCACUUUUUAUUACUUAAUUAUUAACACUGAACAUGGGGGGUCCGAGUCCCCAUCUAUCUGUCCAAAUACGUCCGAUGUUGCGUAAACACGGCUCAUUUAGAAAGCAGUUAGCGACGUCGUAAGGACGCGAUUGCGAAUGAUUUAAUACACGUGCAAUGAUUAAGUUAUUGUGCGCGCACUAUGCGCGUGUUUUCACUUGACCACUUGUGAAAUGUAAUUAUGAGAUUUAACUGGACGUUGGUGAUAAAUCUUCAUUAAAUAAUAGUGUAAUAUAGUAAGCCUGUAUCACAAACAUGUUAAGUGUUAUUCAUAUCGUAACAUCUUGGACAAACAAACAUUAUAUAUAAGGAUUAAUAUCUUAAUAUUAAUGAAGGUAGAUUGUCGAUUGUUGUGGUACAACUACCCCGCUUUUACGAAUGUGUCAGUUAAUCUGUGAAUAAAUGGUGAACGUAACGGAUGUAUUUUAUUUAUCGUAAAUCGUAAUACACACUAAUUGGCGACGAGGAUGGGAUGUGAAGUUGUGCAAACGGUAUAAAAUAAACAUAUCAAGCUGUACUAGUGAAAUGACGGAUAAAAUGUCGAUUGGUGUAAUAAAGGAAUUUGACCUUGCUCAAGGUAAUUGGAGGUCAUACGUCGAACGAUUAAAAAUGUAUUUCAAAGCAAAUGACAUCAAAGAAGAAUUGCAAUUGGCCACGCUGAUAGCAGUGGUUGGUGAUCAAACAUACGAAUUAUUUGUUAAUUUGGUGAGUCCGAAAAAACCCGCAGAUUUAAAAUUCGAUGAGUUGACAAGUUUGGUUGCUGACCAUUUGCAACCCAAACCUUCAAUAAUGGCUGAGCGUUAUAAAUUUAGACAGCGAAGACAACAGUCAGGUGAAACUGUAUCGCAAUUUGUAGCUGAAUUGAAGAGGCUGUCACGACAAUGUGAGUUCAAAGAAACUUUAAACGACAAUCUUCGUGAUCAAUUUGUGUGCGGGUUAACCAGUGACGUCAUCCGACAGAGACUUUUUGCUGAGUCAGACUUAUCGUAUUCAUAUGCAGUCACUUUGGCAAUGUCAUUGGAAGCCGCCGAAAGAGAUUCUGCGGCGGUGGAGGGUAACAAGGCGAACACAUCACAAGGUGCGGACGGAUUAUACGAUAUAACGGUAGCAAAUUAUCAACACGCCGGCAGCGGUGCAACAAAAGAAAAUGCGGGCAGUUGUUCUAUAUGUGGUAUUUUUGGACAUCGUGCUAUGCGCUGUCGUUACAAACACUUCAAGUGCAAUGACUGUGGGAAAGUGGGCCAUCUGAAGCGUAUGUGUCCCCGGCGCCAACGGGGAAGUGAAGAGAGUGCGCCUCGUCGGCGAACUACAAGCAAGCUGCGUCAGGAGCCUGCAUAUUUUGUUGCCGAGGUGCGCAAUGAAGGAAGAACUGAAAUUGGUCACUCGUCAGAAUCGGAUGGGGAAGUGGAAGCGAUGCAUCAGAUGUCCUUGAGAAAGUACCCAGCGAUACAGUGAGUUGUUUGAUGGAGCGCUGGGCCGGUACACGGGCGGUCGAGCGACGCUUCACGUGCGGGAGGGCGCCGUGCCGGUGUUCUGUCGCGCACGCCCUGUGCCGUAUGCGCUGCGCGACCGAGUCGACAAAGAGUUAGACAGCAUGUUAGAAAAUGGUACUAUUGAGCCGGUGGAACAUUCUGAGUGGGCUACUCCUUUAGUUUUAGUGAAUAAGUCUGACGGAAAAUUACGAGUAUGUGCUGAUUUUAAAGUAACGUUAAACCCCGUAUUAUUGGUUGACAAAUAUCCUUUACCUCGUAUAGAGGACCUUUUGUCCAACCUUAGUGGUGGUAUUCAUUUUUCAAAAAUUGAUCUGUCGCAAGCCUAUAAUCAAAUUGAAUUAGAUGAAAGCUCAAGAAAAUACACGGUGAUUAGUACACACCGUGGUCUUUUUAAUAUAACAGAUUAGUAUAUGGACUAGCUUCAAGUCCGGGAAUCUUCUCUAGAAUUACUACCAGCCUCUUGUCUGAUAUCCCAGGUGUAUCAGUUUUUUGUGAUGACGUGUUAGUGACAGCAUCAACAAGUCAAGGGCAUUUACAGGCUCUCAAGGAGGUGUUUGAAAGAUUAAAGCGAAGUGGUCUCAAAAUAAACAAAAAUAAGUGCGUAUUUUUUGCCGACUCUGUCAGCUACUUAGGUCAUAUUAUAGAUAAAAAUGGUAUUCGAACAGAUCCAGAUAAAAUAAAAGCUAUCGUGGAUUUGCCCAGGCCAACCAAUAUUACUGAACUCCGAUCUUUUAUAGGCAUGGUUAAUUUUUAUGGCAAGUUUAUUAAGAAUCUUAGCAUGCAUUUAGCUCCGUUAUUUAAGUUAUUAAAAAAAUCAUCUGAGUGGUCAUGGAAUCGCAGCUGUGAUCAUGUUUUUGAACAAGUUAAAGGAUUUCUCACAAGCGCGGAGGUGCUAGCACAUUAUAGUCUAGACAAACCAAUAAUAGUAACGUGUGAUGCCAGUGCAUAUGGUAUCGGGGCUGUCCUAUCCACACUAGAUUCAAUAGGAGAACGACCCAUUUGCUAUGCGUCGCGUGCCCUAUCCGAAGCAGAAAAACAGUACAGUCAAAUACAACGGGAAGCUUUGGCCAUUGUUUUUGCUACAAAAAAAUUUCACCAAUACAUUUAUGGAAGAAAAUUUAUUUUAAAAACCGACCAUAAACCUCUUUUAACAAUUUUUGGGCCAAAGUGUGGCAUACCGUUAAUGGCCGCCAGUCGUUUGCAAAGAUGGGCGGUAACUUUAUCUGGCUAUGAUUUUGUAAUGGAAUAUGUCAAAACUGAUAAUAAUGCUGCUGACGCGCUAUCAAGACUUCCUUUAAAAUGUGAGUCAUCUAGGAACUUACCUGAGCAGACUUAUUUGCAUUUUGCUCGGGACGCUUUUUUACUAGACCAUAGGGCAUUGCGACUAGAAACAGUGAAGGACCCAAUAUUAGGACGCGUUUUUAGCUAUGUCCGUGACGGUUGGCCGGAUAAGACUGAUAUGAAACAACUACAGCCCUAUUUUAACCGCAAACAUGAAAUUUAUGUAGAAUCGGACUGUCUAAUGUGGGGGCAUAGAGUGAUUAUACCAGAUAAAU